AUGGACUCCCUCAUGAAGAACAAGAGGAAGAAAGGCUCGCUCAUCUCGGGGAACAACAAGGUGCUGGACGCUCUCGGUUUCAAGUCUCGCAACGUGCACAACGGGUCUAUGAGUGCAGAUGAAGAGGUUGAAGGGGAGCAGCCGCUGUCUCGGCAGAUUGCAGUCAAGUUGACGCCCGAGGAGAGAAGCACGCUCGAAGCUCGAUUCCGCGCGCUUAUGAAGGAGCGCGAACUUGGUGUUGAGCAUUUGUCGUUCACCCUAGCAAGUGAUAGUUCAUCGGACUCGAUCUCCAGCGAAGGUUCGGGUGUAUCUCAAGAAAACGAUGCAGAGCAGCCAGAAGACCAGAUCGACCGAGAACAAGCAGAGAAUUUGAACGCCAAGCCGCCGAGAAUGAACAUUUGCAUGAUGGUCACGGGGAGCAGGGAGGGCAGCGUCCAGCAUGAGGCCACUACAACCAAGUUCCUGCAGUAUAUCCACCGGCAAGCGGAGAACAAGGCACGACGAAGAUCCUGGCUCUUAGACAAUGUUCGCCACCGAGACCCGUUCGCAGAGAUGAAGGAUCUGCGCGAGCUUGUAUUCUCGCUUUGGCCAGCGUGCCUGGAGGCGGACCCACUGGCACCGGGCAAAACCUUCCGCGCAGACGCCAUCAUCGCGCACCCGUGCGUCUUCGGACAGGCGAUUGUAGCCGAGCGUCUUGGCGUGUCAUUGCACUGCAUGGGCGACGCCCCACAGUCUCGGACCCAGGCGUUCCCGUACCUCACGAGUUCAAGCACGGACUUGCAUCUUCCAUACCAUGAAAUAUCCGACUAUAGGACCUAUCCGACCUGUACCAAAACCAUGGUACCCUAG